GCUGAGGACACACCUGAACAGGGCGGACCCCACCUGACUCUCUACACACCCUGGCACUCCGCAGGAGAGCUGUAUCUAAGGGAUCCAGUUGUAUCCCAACCGGGGACACUCCUGUCCUGUCCUGUCCUGUCCUGCUGCAGAUGACCGUCUCCUUCUGCCAAUGCCUGGAUCACCAACCUAGCACAGAUGAGGAAAAACGUUACAUUCCGUAAACCAGGAGCUGGCACCGAAUCGGCUGACGCCAUCUGACACCUUUGCCAAGCAUCGUAUAGUGUGCAGGGACAGGUGAAGGCAUGUGACUGGGCAUUGUAGGGCAUACAGGUACAGACCGCUUCGUAAAGCAAAGGUGGAAGCUUGUUUGAAAUCAGUCCUAUAACAGAUUCCCCUCUGAUCUCCUCAUCCGGGGGAACCUCAGUACACCUUCACCUCCUUGCAUCUUCAUAACACCAAGAUGGAACUUCGCUCCUUUUUCAAUCCCUUGCUGAUCCUCCGAUUCCUCCAAAUCUUCUUCUCCUGCACCGCCUUCAGCUUGGUGGCCAGCGUCCAAGCGUACGGAACCCAAUAUGGAGCCUGGAGUAUGGUUACCUGGAUCCUGUGUUUUAUCGUGACUAUCCUAAUCGUUGUCCUGGAGCUGACCGGGUUUGCCAGUAGAGUUCCUAUCUCCUGGGAGGACUUCACCUCGGCCUUCGCCAUGUUGGCUUCAUUGAUGCUCCUCACCACAUCCAUCAUGUACCCAUCCGUCUUCCUGAAAGGAGGCUGCGGUGGACACAUCUGUGCCUGUAUGGGUGCUGCCACGGCCAUGUCCAUCUUAUGCUUCUUCGCCUAUGCCAUUGAAGUGGGAUUUACCCGGGCGAAACCUGGCGAGAUUAGUGGUUUUCUCUCUACCAUCCCUGGCCUGCUGAAGGUCUUUGAAGCCUACGUUGCCUGUAUUAUCUUCUCACUUCUUCUACCGGUUUCUUUCAGCCCAGGUUUGCAGUGGUGUGUGGCUGUCUACUCCAUUUGCUUCAUCAUUACCACUUUAAUCAUCAUCCUAACCAUUGGACGUCUCUUGCCUAGACUGCCCAUCAGCUUUGAGAAGAUUCUCAUUGGUUACAAUAUCUUGGCAGUGGUCAUGUAUGUCACCGUGGCGGUCAUAUGGCCCUACUACUUCUUCAGGGCCUAUCCAGACAGAGGUCAAUGUCCACCUGGCUAUAUUUGUUAUUGGGACAAUGGAGUUGGGAUAACCAUCUUGACUUAUAUCAACCUGGUGGCUUAUAUUGUAGACACAGUCUAUUCGUUUAAAAUGGUUUUCUUCACAGUCUCAGCCUAGACUCCAAUACUUCAACGGCUUGACCAGCAGCUCUGUUUACAUAAAUUCAAAGCCGUGAUGGGAAAAACAAUACAUGUAUCUGGUUGAAGCAAUUGUCUUCUACCACCUUGGAGUACCGUAAAAAUAAUAGAAAAUGCAUUAUAUACAAAUGGCUUGGCAACAGGGUUGAAGUAGUAACAACGGCCAACUGCGCCACCCAAUUGAAAGCCCAACUGCGCAAAAAUUCUGGAAAGAGUGUGGAAAGGUUGACAUUUCUGUAAGGUUUCCAUUUCUUCUCUAUAACUCCGUUGUGGACAAUUUCCCUUAGUUCCUGCCUCUGUGACACCCAUAUAAAAAAUGGAACGUUUUCCCAAGGACAGACCACCAUGGACAACAUUAAAAACCUUUCCUCGUUUUGUUAAAAA